ACUACAACAACAACAACAACAACAAUAAUAUCCCUAAUAACAACAAUACUAAAAACAAUAACAACAAUGCUGCACUAACCUCCGUCCUGUGAGCUGUAUCACAUGAUCCUCCGUCCAAUGGGAUGAAUGGACUUUAAAUACGAGCCAAUCAGGAGCAGGGGGCAGGUAUAAAAGGCCAAGCGCAGCUUCACUCUGCAGCAGACCCUCAGACCCUCAGACCCUCCAGACUCUGCACGUAGGUCAGCAGCCGGACCGCAUCAUGCCUUUCGGAAACACCCACAACCACUUGAAGAUGAACUAUUCGGCGGAGCAGGAGUACCCCGACCUCAGCCAGCACAACAACCACAUGGCCAAGGUCCUGACGCCUGACAUGUACGAGAACCUGAGAGACAAGGAGACGCCCAGCGGCUUCACCCUGGACGACCUCAUCCAGACUGGCGUGGACAACCCAGGUCACCCCUUCAUCAUGACGGUGGGCUGCGUCGCCGGGGACGAGGAGACGUACGAGGUGUUCAAAGAGCUGCUGGACCCGGUGAUCGAAGACCGCCACGGAGGAUAUAAACCAUCAGACAAACACAAGACGGACCUGAACGCUGACAAUCUGCAGGGCGGGGACGAUCUGGAUCCAGACUACGUCCUGAGCUCUCGGGUCCGGACAGGAAGGAGUAUCCGCGGCUUCUGUCUGCCGCCACACUGCAGCCGCGGAGAGCGCCGCGCCAUUGAAAACCUGUCCAUCGAAAGUCUGGACAUGCUGGAGGGAGACCUGCAGGGGAAGUACUACGCUCUGAAGAACAUGACGGAGGAGGAGCAGCAGCAGCUCAUCGAUGACCACUUCCUGUUCGACAAACCCGUCUCCCCCCUGCUGCUCGCCUCUGGCAUGGCCCGCGACUGGCCCGACGGCCGCGGCAUCUGGCACAACGACAACAAACGUCCGGGUUUGGGGGGAAACCCGGGGGGAACACCUAAAGGGGUAAACACUGCAGAGCGGGGGGAAAAAGGGGGGUUUCCCCAGCGCUUCUGCCCGGCCCAAAACCACAGAUUGAGGACCGUUUAA